UUCUCAUUGUGAUUCCAUUUUGGCAAUUGGCUUUCAUUGCAAGAGAUUUAUUUGUGGAUUUAAUUUUUAAAAAAAUUAUCGUGUUUUGAUUGGUGCUCAUGGAAAAAAACUGAAGUUUUUCGAAGAAUCAAAGUGUUAACUGUUAAGCGACUAUAUACCAUGAAAGUGUAGUGCAGUGCAAUUGAAACAUGUUAACAAAAAUGCAACCACAAGCAAAUGUUGCCGUGCCACAAUCUGUCACGACGCAGCCUCAACAAAUCGUCGGCGUUACAGCAAAUGCGGUGAUCUUGAAAAUGUCGGAAAUACAACAGCUAUCAACCGUCGGUUUGCUGGAGCUCGCGCAUAGAGAAUACCAGGCUGGUGAUUAUGAUAGUGCGGAAUUGCAUUGUAUGCAGCUAUGGCGUCAGGACGGCACAAACACUGGAGUUUUGCUGCUGCUCUCGUCAAUACACUUCCAAUGUCGGAGGCUGGACAAAUCAGCACACUUCUCCACACUUGCUAUCAAACAGAAUCCUUUGUUGGCUGAAGCAUACAGUAAUCUGGGUAAUGUAUACAAAGAGAGGGGACAGUUACAAGAGGCCCUGGAAAACUACCGUCAUGCUGUGAGGCUAAAGCCAGACUUCAUUGAUGGGUACAUCAACCUGGCAGCUGCACUAGUGGCUGCUGGGGAUAUGGAACAGGCAGUGCAAGCUUACGUCACAGCAUUGCAGUAUAACCCUGAACUUUACUGCGUACGAAGUGACUUGGGCAAUUUACUCAAGGCCCUAGGUCGCUUGGACGAGGCGAAGGCUUGUUACUUGAAGGCCAUCGAAACGAGGCCUGACUUUGCAGUGGCAUGGAGUAACUUAGGAUGCGUUUUUAACGCGCAAAGCGAAAUCUGGUUGGCCAUUCAUCAUUUCGAAAAGGCCGUGGCAUUGGAUCCUAAUUUCUUGGAUGCUUACAUCAAUCUUGGAAACGUACUGAAAGAAGCUAGAAUUUUCGACAGGGCUGUUGCCGCUUACUUACGUGCUUUGAAUUUAUCACCCAACAAUGCCGUCGUUCACGGCAACUUGGCUUGCGUAUAUUACGAGCAAGGCCUCAUUGACCUGGCUGUUGACACAUACAGACGAGCGAUUGAACUCCAACCAAAUUUCCCUGACGCGUAUUGUAACUUAGCUAAUGCUCUGAAAGAAAAGGGCCAAGUGGCAGAUGCCGAAGAAUGUUAUAACACAGCUUUAAGACUAUGCCCAUCUCACGCCGAUUCUUUGAACAACUUGGCGAAUAUAAAACGCGAGCAAGGGUAUAUAGAAGAGGCAACACGUCUUUACCUCAAGGCGUUAGAGGUAUUCCCUGAGUUCGCUGCAGCACACAGCAACUUGGCUUCCGUCUUGCAACAGCAAGGAAAACUGAACGAGGCACUGAUGCAUUAUAAAGAGGCGAUACGUAUUCAGCCGACGUUCGCUGAUGCCUACAGUAACAUGGGUAAUACUCUCAAAGAAAUGCAAGACGUGGCCGGUGCGCUGCAAUGCUAUACUAGAGCAAUUCAAAUUAAUCCCGCCUUUGCCGAUGCGCAUAGCAACCUUGCAAGUAUCCACAAAGAUUCAGGGAAUAUUCCCGAAGCAAUCCAAUCGUAUAGGACUGCUUUGAAAUUGAAGCCAGAUUUCCCCGAUGCGUACUGCAAUUUAGCCCAUUGUUUGCAAAUCGUAUGUGAUUGGACCGAUUACGAGGCCCGUAUGAAGAAAUUGGUCAGCAUUGUGGCCGAGCAAUUGGAGAAAAACAGACUUCCAUCAGUUCACCCUCACCAUUCCAUGUUGUAUCCUUUGACGCACGACUUUAGAAAAGCAAUUGCCGCCCGGCAUGCAAACCUUUGUUUGGAAAAGGUACAGGUCCUCCACAAGGCUUUGUACAAGUUCCCGAGAGAUUUACAAGGUCGUUUGCGAGUUGGAUACGUGAGCAGCGAUUUCGGGAAUCACCCAACAUCGCAUUUGAUGCAAUCUGUGCCUGGAUUGCAUGAUCGUACUAAAGUCGAGAUCUUCUGUUACGCUUUAAGCCCCGAUGAUGGCACAACGUUCCGCUCCAAAAUUGCUAGAGAAGCUGAACAUUUCAUUGACCUAUCCCAAGUGCCUUGCAAUGGAAAGGCUGCUGAUAAAAUCCACGCAGAUGGAAUCCAAAUAUUGGUAAACAUGAAUGGGUAUACUAAAGGUGCGAGGAAUGAGAUUUUUGCGUUAAGACCAGCUCCCGUUCAAGUUAUGUGGCUGGGAUACCCCGGAACUAGCGGGGCUAGUUAUAUGGACUAUUUAGUGACUGAUGCUGUGACUUCACCUGUCGAAUUGGCUAGUCAAUACAGCGAGAAGCUCGCGUACAUGCCUGAUACCUACUUUGUUGGUGAUCACAAGCAAAUGUUCCCACAUUUACAAGAGAGGUUGAUAUUGAGUGAUAAGAUAAAGUCGCACAACAGUUUGGGAGGCUUGGCCGAUAACGUUGCAGUUAUCAAUGCGACCGAUUUAUCACCUCUUGUAGAGAAUACGGACAUAAAAGAGAUUAAAGAGAUAGUGAGGGCGGCUCGACCUAUGGAGAUUUCGUUGAAGGUCGCCGAGCUGCCAACAACCACGCCUAUCGAGACUAUGAUCGCAUCGGGACAAGUGCAGACUUCAGUAAACGGAGUAAUCCUCCAAAACGGUCUAGCAACAACGCAGACUAACAACAAAGCGGCCACUGGCGAAGAAGUGCCGCAAUCAAUUGUAAUAACAACCCGCCAACAAUACGGUUUACCCGACGACGCAGUGGUGUAUUGCAACUUCAACCAGCUAUACAAGAUAGAUCCAUUGACUUUGCACAUGUGGGUGUACAUAUUGAAACAUGUCCCCAACAGUGUGCUGUGGUUGUUGAGGUUCCCAGCGGUUGGGGAGCCCAAUUUGCAGUCGACUGCACAGCAAUUGGGCUUACCACCCGGCCGUAUAAUCUUCUCGAACGUGGCGGCGAAGGAGGAACACGUCCGACGUGGUCAAUUGGCCGAUGUUUGUCUGGACACACCAUUAUGCAACGGGCAUACCACCAGUAUGGAUAUCUUGUGGACCGGCACGCCGGUCGUCACUCUACCGGGAGAAACAUUGGCAUCACGUGUGGCCGCAUCUCAGCUGAACACACUUGGCUGUCCUGAACUCAUUGCACGGACAAGGCAGGAAUAUCAAGACAUAGCCGUAAGAUUAGGAACUGAUAGGGAAUAUCUCAGAGCGAUUCGCGCGAAAGUGUGGACAGCGCGCUCCGAGAGUCCCCUAUUCGACUGCAAGGCAUACGCCACCGGCCUCGAGAUGCUCUACAACAAGAUGUGGAUACGGUAUGCGCGCAAUGAGCGCCCGGACCACAUACAGGCUAUAGAUAAAUAGAUGCCGGCCGGUGAUAGUGAGUGGACGUCUAAGAAACGCCGUUGGUGCUAAGUGUGACAAGUGAAGUGAACAACUUUAAACAGUGAAUGCAGUGAAUAGUGAACAAAGUUGUGUGCAAAGUGAGAUGUUUAAUUUGAAAACUUAUUAUGUGGUCUAGGCUGAUUGCUAAUAUUAUAAGAGGCAAAUAAUGCUCAUGACGUCAUUAGCAUUUCUUUUCAUUGAGUAUUUUGUAAAAAUUGCAGCAUCUGUCAGCUUCCCAGAUCUGUUGCAAUUUGCAAAAUAUACAGAUUUUUUUCUAAAUUGACUAGGAUCCCAGUAAGCUGGAGCGAUUCCAGUAAGAGUAUGCUGCACUGGCGGAUACUUUUAAGUAGUACCUGUCUUUUAUAUAAAUAAAGAUCAUGGAAUGAUUUGACCUACCAGUGCAGUUUAAACACUCCUCACAAGUUAGGAUUUUUGAAAUAAAAUAUUUAGUCCAGUAGUUGAGUAUAUGGCGACCUUCUAGAAGAUGAUUAACACAAAAAGACAUGCUUCAACUAUGAAUUUUGAACUGUCACAGCCAACAUCAAACAUGACCACCAGUCAAUUCAAGUUUAGUGUUGCAAUUGUAAGAUAGGAAAAUAUUUAUUAAAAUUAAAUAAAUAUAACAUAGUGAACAACUGAAUUUGAUUUAAUUUGUUAUUUUAAUACAUUGGAGAGUUGUGUGGAAUACCGCAAGCGCUAUUAAAAUUAUAGAUAUUUCUAAGCUAACGCGAUCUAUCUCGGGAAAUGGGCUAUCACUAGCCCUUACCUUUCCUCUAUGCCAUCAAGAUCAAUCUAAGUGUCUCAAUUCAUUUCAUUAUCACUAAACAUAGUAGUAGUAUUAAUUGUUGAGUUUACUUAAGCCAGAGUCGAAAGAACUGAAACCCCCUAUUCUGAUAGUGAAGUCCCAAUACCCAGCAGUGAGACAUUCAUUAGGAUACUGACAAAGGUAGAUUGUACAAUAUAUACGUCUUUUAGUCAAGUGCAGUGCACAUUUGAGAUAUACAUAUAAGAAUAUCUUGAUGAUUUUUAAUUGAAUUUAACUAGUCUCAAAUAUUUGACAUUAUGUAGACUAUUUUCUAGUCAUAAGACAAUUAACAUCAUAAUUGCAUUGGACUUAAAUAACUAUAGUAAAAUUUAAUGAAAUAAAGCUGACCUGAAGUAUUUGAGAUACUGGAAAGCAUCUUUAUUGAACAUAUAGACGCAUGUUACAUUUGAACAUGAUUUUGGUGUUGUAUCAAUACAAAAUAAGUAACAUAAAUAAGUAAAAACUGCCUGGCAAUAAAGAUACUUUUCAGUUUCAGCAGAUAUAUUUGAUUUCAAGAGACAUGAUAAUUGAAGACAAGAUAAGUUCUUGAUGUCAGAUUGUUCUGUGACUGUUUUUUAAGUUGCCCACAAUAUCUUCAGAUACAUGUCUAUUGCUGGUUGACCAUAAUUAAUAAACAUGUCAGGUUUAUUAAGGUCAGCUUAAUAAUAUGGCAAAAAUAAGUUGCUAGUUCCUUAAAAUGGUCUUUAACUAUGUAAUUAUUAUAUUGAGCAAUAAUAUAUUCCAUGAUGGCAAAGUUUAUGUGGCCUUGCAUAAUUCUGCAAUAAUUAGCUCAUACUCAUGUUUACAUUAGAAAUAUACAAAUUUUAACUGUAGCAAUAUUUAUUGAAUUAAGCUGAAUCUAUUUGUAUGUUAUAUGUACAAAUUAGAUUAUUAAUUAAAUAUCUGUUUCAUAUGUUGUCUACUUGUAUAGUGCUGCUUUAGAUAGAUAUUAUUUAUGAUAAGGGCAGGUUUUCACCAAAGCAGAGAGGAGAGGAUGUAGUGACAAAUGGUGUUAUGUCUAGGUUAUUUCCACCAAUGUGGAGCGGAGUUCUGUGUAGAUAAUAAAUAAAGAGGUGCUUCUAAGUUGAGAUAAGACAACCGAUUAUUGUAGUCGGUUAUCUCAUUUGCAUUCCACCCACCUGCUCGUCACACACUCUUCAUCACUGUUGGAAAUAAGAUAUCUCUCUUCCAGCAUAAAUGUUGUCCACCAUAGCUAAACGGAUAGAGAGAGGAGAUAUGCUUUGUAAAUAACCGAACCGAUAUUGUUAUUUCCAAAACAUAUCUGCUCUCUUUUUCCUAUAUAUUUUGUUUGAAACCGCGCCCAAUUCAUGUUGAUUAUAUAGUAAUUCCUAAGAAAGUUGACCAAAAAUGGGGUAACAUCCCAUGGUGUUGUCUGAGUCCAAGACACAAGCAUAAUGAAUUUCGAACUGUGCCCAGUUGGUUCACAUGUGUGCCAGAAAGAAGAAUUAAAUCAAAGUUAAUAAACCUGAUGGAGCUAUUUUAACUUGUCAAUUUAGUUUGGAUUUGUGAAAUUACGAUGUUUGGCCAUUCAUACAAAAUGAAAUAUUUAUCUUGGCUCCAUUCUCAUAUUCAUUUAUUAAAAUCUAUUGUCAAAUGAUGCUUGAAAUUCCAUACAUGUGGCAAUCAUGUUAAUUCUCAUCUCAUGUUAAUUUAAAUGAAAACUUUCACAGGCUUAACUCAAAAUGGAUGGUUGCUUUUGGUCAACUUUUGCAUCACGUUUGUAGUGGAUAAUAUAGGAAAGAAUAUAAAUGAUGAACUUAUGAGAUUGUUAUGAAUUUUUUACCCAGUGAUGUGUAACUAAAUUGAGAACAAGGCAACAAUAAACAUUGGCAUAGUUAAGGAAGUUCGGUGAUAUAACAUAUGUUAUUUUUUUUAUGUAAUGUAAUUAUACAGGGUGUUUUAUUUGUAUAGAGUUGGUUUACCAAUUACUAUUAUUUCUUGGUCAUUUUGGUUGUGUGUGAACAGGCGCUACUAUAUAUUUUGUCGCAUAAAGUAGCGUAUAAAUCAAUUAGGAUUUUUUGGUUUAAUAAAAAUGUCAUACCUGCUACAGUUAAGCAUGUUCAUUUCACCUUCAGACGGCAUCAUUACUAAUUGCCACCUGAUGAAAGCUUUGUUAUUAUAUUACAUUUUAAUAAAUUUCAUAAAGAGUUCAUGAUUUUUUUUUUGGACAAUUAUAAUAGAUACAUCUUGUAUAAGUAUAUAACAUAAACUGAAAAUAAAUAAAGGGCCUGAGACUGAGUAAAAGGUUAUAUAUAAUAGCUAAGUUAUACUACACUUAUUAAUUCCGUGUUGAAUAUAUAUACCUAUUUAAUUAUAUUAUUGGUAACUUGUGAUUAUAGAAUAAAGUUUUAAGUGUUGUAGGUUUCAUGUAAAAAGGGCACGUCUCAAAUGAGUUUAUUGAUGGGUAGGUGCAUAAUAGAUCUAAAUAUAAAAUAACACUACAGUUGUUUUUAAGUAUGUGUGUUUUUGACUGUUUCAUACAGAAUCGUUCAGGAUAAAAAAUAUUGUGUUUUAUCGUAACAAAAUGUAUUUUUUUAUUAAGUAAACUUAUUUUGAACUGCUAGAUAUGUUUCAUAUAUAUUAUGCUAAUAUUUUAUCAUUCUUUUCGCGUGACACCAAUGGUGUCGUAUGAUAAAUAAAGUGUAGAUAUCAGACAAUACAUUACAAAAAUGACUGUAAUUGAGGUAAAAACAUGGCCGAAAUUUUCACGCGCGUGUUCAACGCGCGUCUGACUCAACUAAAACGCGCAUCGAACGCGAUACACUGUUAAGAGUAUUAUUGUGUGCUACUGCUCGAGUUCAAAGUUUCGAACUCACGCACUCGUCAUAAAUGGGCAUACAAAAUAGAACUUUGUCAACUGUUCUUGAUACAGAUUAUAAAAGUGUCACAAAAACUGCGUUAUACACGUGGUUUCGUUUUGAUUUUAAGAUCGGUGGAAUAUGGGCAUGUUUUGUAAUUUAUGUCCCCGUACUCGCCAUGAGAUAAUUUUCUCUACUUUUUCCCUCAUAUUUUUGUGAGAUUUGAACACACAUUUCGUUUAAGAUGUAAAGUGCUUACAAGCAAUAAUAUAAUCGUUAGUAUGUGCCGUGAUAUUUGGUAUUUUAAUAAACAAAUGUUUAUCCCCUGAUGAUUCCUAUUAGACCGUUUUAUUAGUGCAGCUACUUGUCAAAGUGUAGCAACAGUCUCUAUUUUCAAAUGUGUGAGCUCACUCAGUUGAUGGUAAACAGAUUGUUGUAUUUACAUCAAUAUGAAAUUAAGGCAAUAUUUUAAUACAGUCGCGUGUUGCUUUUGCUGCAAACUAUUACCAAAUGAGUGAGCUCACUCAUUUGUAUAGAAAUAUGGUGGGAAUUUGGAAUAAAACAUAUGUCGCCAACAUGGCGAUGGAGACUGGUAACAAUAAAUCUCCUACUAGAUACUCGCGAUUCAUAAAAGCAGGUGUCAGUCAUAAAGAGUCGCUAUUGAAGCACACUUAUGUAAUCUUAUAUGCGUGAACUUACUCAUUUGAUGAUAAACUCAUUUCGCCAAAUAUAUUAAUUACUAUAUGACUUAAACAAUUUCUUACAAUUUGAUAAGCAUUGUAAGGAUUUAGGAUAUCUAUGAAUUACUAGUUUAUUUUCUUGCACAAGGGAUUUGUUUUGCCAGCUUCAGUACUGUUCUGAAUGGUUAUCGUUAGAGUUAGGGUUGUGUAUCCAGUAUCAAAUGUUUUCAUGCGAUUCUUCUUUGACUUUGAUUGUAAAUAUUUUAACUCUUAUUUUUAAGGUUAGAUGUAACUAGCGUUAGGAAUAAAAAAUUGCAA